GUCAGAAAUGACGGAGCUGAAACGUGUCUCGAGUCUAGAAUUUCGCGCAGUGAAUGAGCUUUUAAAGUGCCAGUAGAGUUUUUCCGAUUGAAGUUUCUGACUACAGUUUGAUCAAAGGUGUUAAAAAAGAUAUGUCUUCUUAUCUUUUAACCACCUUUACAGUAACGUUGGCUGUGAUAAACCUAUGUACCUGUGCAAACAUAUUUAUGAUAACAAUGGGUGGCACAAAGUCACAUAAGAUUCCGUUUUGGGAAUUGGCAAGAGGGCUCAUACCCCGAGGACACAACAUAACCUUCAUGAACGCUUUUCCGGCGGAUUUCCUAAUGGAAGGACUCGAAGAAAUUACUCCCACCAAUUUAGUGUUUUACGUGAAAAAUUUUACCAAUUGGGAUCUGGUCGGAGCGAGAAUGAGAGGAGAGGAACCUGUACCUCUUUAUGAUAUGUUUAGGUAUGGACAUGAGUCUUGUGACGCCCUUCUAUCAGACCCAGAAACCAAAGAUUUUCUUUACUCCAGGCAAAAAUUUGAUCUCCUAAUACUGGACGGAGCAUUUCCAGAAUGUGCAUUAGGCUUUGUACACCAUUACAAAGUGCCUUUUAUGUAUAUUAACACUGUGGGUUUCUAUGUGGGGUCUUUGAACAUAGCUGGAAAUCCAACUCCAUAUUCCAUUACUCCGUUUUUGAAUAAGCCUUAUACCGAUAAUAUGAAUUUGAUUCAAAAAACGAUUAAUGCCUUUUGGCAUACAGCCGGUGUGGCUAUGCAUUCAGUCAUGAUCCGUUAUUGGAUGCAGGAUGUUUUAGUGAAGCAUUUUGGUGAAAAUGUUCCUUCAAUAUAUGAUAUGUCGAAAAAUGUGAGCUUUAUUUUACAAAAUGCACAUGCUACAGUGACUUAUCCAAGGUCAUACUUACCGAAUGUAGCUGAAAUUGCUUGUAUACAUUGCAGAAAAGCCAAAGCGUUGCCUCAGGAUAUCGAAGAGUUUAUUAGCGAAUCAGGAGAUGCUGGCUUUAUUUAUUUCAGUAUGGGUUCUUCAGUAAAAGCGGCCAAUAUGCCUGAAUACUUGCGAAGGAUGCUUUUUAAAGUUUUCAAGCAGUUGCCGCAAAGGGUCUUGUGGAAAUAUGAAUCCGACAAGGAUAUGGCCGAUUUACCACCAAACGUUAUGCUUGGCAAAUGGUUACCUCAACAGGAUAUUUUAGGUCACCCAAAGCUUAGAGCUUUUGUAACGCACGGCGGUCUCUUAAGCAUGUUCGAAACGGUGUACCAUGGUGUGCCGGUGGUCACUAUGCCAGUAUUUUGUGACCACGAUUCGAACGCUGCCAAAGCCGAAGUCGAUGGUUACGCCAUAAAAUUAGACCUAGCAGCCUUAAACGCAGAGUAUUUACUGUGGGCCAUUAAAAACAUUAUCUACGACAGAAAGUAUCGAAAAGAAGUCAAAAAACGGCAAUAUCUUUUGUUGGAUCAAAAGGAAACACCAUUACGAAGAGCCGUGUAUUGGACCGAGUACGUGAUAAGGCAUAAAGGUGCUAAGCACUUCCAGUCUCCAGCGAGAAAUUUAAGUUUUGUGCAAUAUUACUGUAUAGACAGUUUGGCGCUUUUGUUAGUAGCCUUAGCUUUAAUAUGGUAUUUUUUUAAAGUAUCCUUUAAGUUAUUCGUUAGGUUUGUAACAGGCAAUAUUAGUAUAAGUAAAUUUAGAAAAACGAUAAAAGUCGAGUAGGUUUUGUGUGUGUGUUUUUGUACAGGGUUUAUAAUUAUGUGUGUUUGUGUGUAAAUAAAGUAAUAAAUCAGUAA